UUUAUUUUGGUAGGUGUCCGGUGGGUUGUGACUGCAGGGAGCUUGACAGCAGCAGACUUCGGAGUCCAUAAUCCAGCGGGUGUUUGAGGUGGACAUGGAGGACAAGAGGAAGGUCCUGUGUGUCGGUCUGGUGUGUCUGGACAUCAUCAGUGUGGUGGACAAAUAUCCCGAGGAGGACACUGACAGCAGGUGUGUGUCACAGCGCUGGCAGCGAGGGGGGAAUGCCUCCAACACGUGCACAGUGCUGUCCCUGCUUGGAGUGCCGUGCGCCUUCAUGGGCUCGCUGGCUGCCGGACCUACGGCCAAUUUUGUUCUGGAGGAUUUUCACCAGUCCCACGUUGACGUCACUCUGCUGUGUGAGCACGCUCAGUGUGACCUUCCUGUGUCUGUGGUCAUCAGCAGCACCUCCACAGGAAGUCGCACCAUCCUACACACAAACAGGAACCUUCCUGAUGUCACAGCCACAGACUUCUCCAAGGUCGACCUCCGUCAGUUCAAAUGGAUCCACUGGGAGGGCCGUAACGCUGAGGACCAGAUUGAGAUGAUCCAGCAGGUGAUGCUGUACAACAGCACGUUGCCACAGGAACAGCAGAUCACUGUGUCUGUAGAGAUUGAGAAGACUCGGGAGCCACUGUACCAGCUCUUCCCUUACGGUGACGUGGUGUUUGUCAGUAAAGACGUCGCUCGUCACUUUGGCUUUCAGACAGCUGAAGCUGCAGUCCGAGGACUCUACAGCCGGCUGAAACAUGGGGCGGUCCUUGUAUGUGCGUGGGCAGAGCGAGGUGCAGAUGCUCUUGGUCCUGAUGGUGUGGUUGUCCACUCAGAUGCCUUCCCCCCUGAAAGGCUGGUGGACACCCUAGGAGCUGGAGACACCUUCAAUGCAGCCAUCAUCCACCAGCUGUCCACAGGAGCAAGUCUUGAGGACGCUUUGACUUUCGGCUGUGAGCUCGCUGGCAGGAAGUGUGGCGUCCACGGAUACGACGGCAUCGUGAGAGAAUCAAAGAACUGAGCAAAAAACUAAAUUCAACUUGUGAUUGGACCAAACAAUAAACUAUAAUAAUAAUCUGAAGGAAUAAAAGUAGCAAACUGUAGGAAAUCCCGUAAUUUACCGUCACGACCGUUAACAGACUGUCGGCCGGUUUGUGAGCUCUGAAGGUUUAGAUGAAGUCGACCUGCUGUUUGUUAUGACUCGUUACUGAAAACGAGUCCUGACUAAAUCACAAAUGACCCAGAAUCCUUUGUAAUGUAACACUGUAUUUAAUUUUGUGCACAAUAAAUAAAGUUUCAU